AUCCGCUCCCUGUCGGCAAGUUCUGUUUCUUCCCAGUCAUCAUGGCAGAGGCAGAUCCGACUACUCAAUCGAACUAUACUCAAAUUACGACCGAAGAUAUCCGAUUCGACUGGACUAUCGACUUUGCCAAACAUUUGAUUACUGGGUCAGCAACUCACACCUUGAAGGUUGCCGAGGAUCAUGUCGAACAAGUAAUUUUCGACACUUCCGAUCUCAAGAUUGACCGUGUUGAAGUAGAGGGAAAACAAACCAGUUAUGAGCUGGAACCGAAGCACGAAGUAAUGGGGUCAGCUCUUCGUAUUACUCUUCCAGCCGGCUUGAAGAAGGGCUCGUCGCUGAAAGUCGCUAUUCAUUAUCAAACCACGGAGCAGUGCACAGCACUCCAAUGGCUGGAGAAAGAGUGACGGGAUUUCUUUCUCGGAACGCUUCAUUUCAUGGUUACUGAAAGACUAUUACAGGCAGACGCAAGGAAAAUCCUUUCCAUAUCUCUUCAGUCAAUGUCAGCCGAUCUAUGCUCGAGCCAUGGCCCCUGUUCAAGAUACACCCUCCGUGAAAAUUACAUACUCAGCAAACGUGACAUCCGUUUUACCUGCGUUGAUGUCUGCCGUGCGAACUUCUCCAUCUACAGAGGGUCCACCACACGACGGGAAAGUAAUCGGAAAGGAUCCUGUGACCUAUCGCUACAAUCAACCUGUACCCAUUCCUUCCUACUUGAUCGCAAUCGCCUCCGGAAAUGUAGUUUACCGUGCUUUUCCUCGUUUAGAGGAUAAGAAAUGGACGUCUGGUGUCUGGGCGGAACCCGAGCUGAUCGAUGCGGCGUAUUGGGAAUUUAGCGAGGAUACUACCAAGCUUAUGGCAGCCGAAGAACAGAUCGCAGGCCCGUAUCGUUUUGGGGUAUAUGAUCUUCUGGUGUUACCUCCUUCUUUCCCUUAUGGUGGCAUGGAAAACCCUUGUCUCACUUUCCUAACACCAACUCUGUUAACCGGAGAUCGGGCUCUGGUAGACGUCGUCGUCCACGAAUUCACGCAUUCAUACUUCGGAAAUGGGGUUACGCACGCCUAUGCAACUCAUUUCUGGCUGAAUGAAGGUUGGACGACUUACAUGGAAAGAGUUCUAUUACAAGUCCUACAUUCUCCGGCCGAACGGGGUUUUUCAUACUUGAUCGGAUACAAGAGCUUGGUUGACGAUCUCAAACGAUACGAGGAACAGCCGAAAUAUCAACGCCUCGUUAUCGAGUUCCAGAAAGGCGAAGAUCCCGAUGACGCUUAUAGUAUCAUUCCUUAUGAUAAAGGUGCUAAUCUCAUUUUGCACAUCGAAAGGACUUUGGGAGGCUUGGACGUGUUCCUCCCAUACAUCCGUGACUACGUGGACACAUUUAUGGGAAAGAGUAUCACGACGGAGCAAUGGAAGGCUCAUUUAUACUCGUAUUACGAGAAACAUGGCGGGGCUGAUAAAGUCAGAGCUCUUGAUGGCAUUGACUGGGAUGCAUGGUUCUUUGGAGGAGGCGUCAAACUCCCCGUUGAGAUGGAAUACGACACAUCUCUGGCAAAGUCUGCAUAUAGUUUGGCAGAGAAAUGGGAAGCUGCAGGUGCUACAGCUGAUGUAUCGAAGCUAGAGUUUAAAGAGGGUGACCUCGAUGGCUUCAACACCAAUCAAAGGAUCGUCUUUCUGGAGCAUUUACAGUCCCUCAACCCGUUACCUUCUUCCCACCUCUUUCACUUGGGAUCCUUGUACAAACUGUCUACAACCACAAAUGCCGAAGUGCGCUUACGGUUCUACCAGCUUGUUCUUGACGACCCUAGAUCCGAUGCUGCAAAGGCGUUCGCUAGGGAGGCGGCAAAUUGGGUCAUUGGGGAAGGGACCGGGAUGGUUGUUGGCAGGAUGAAGUUCUGCCGUGAUACUUUCCGCGCAGUCUAUGGUGUAGACAAGGAUCUGGCCGUGAAGGCGUUCUUGAAAGAGAAGAACUCUUUUCACCCUAUUGCGAGGAAGAUGAUUGAAAAGGAUCUGAAGCUAGUUUGAGAGGGUUCUUGUACCUCAAGGCUGAAUGUGGAACUUGCGACUCCUAAUCCAAAACAUCGAGUGUUUCCUAGUUCAUACCGCACAGGUUCUGUGCUAGUUGAGUAUAUGGUCUGGAACGGUGGACUUAGUUUGGUACCAAGAACAAUCGUGUUUGUAUCUCGAUACCGACCGAUCCAUAUCGAAAAUACUGACUGUCGUCUGAACUAACGGCGACAGCAGCGGUGACGAUAAUGAAUG